AAUAAUUGGCAACACUUCCCAAAUAAUAACAAAAAAAGCAUGAAAACAGGGAAAACAGCGAUAUAACGAUUUUUCCGAAGAAAAAAGUGUGAAGUGAUAAAAAUUUCUGAGUUCCAGUACGUAAUGGCUACAAAAGCCGUUCUCAACACCAACACUCCAAUAACCCAGUUGCAGGAACUAUGCGUCGCCCAAAAAUCGCCUCAUCCGGUGUACACAUUUACCGGCGAAGAAACGGAUGGUACGAAUCCUAGUGCAAAAGUUUUCAUGACAUCGGUCACCGCCCUUGGCUUCAACGCCAGCGGCAUCGGGCGCUCCAAGAAGGACUCUAAACAUGACGCGGCCUAUAAGCUGUUGAAGAUUCUGUUCCAGAGUGGGCUUAGUAACGUAAACGUGGAUGACGAGGAACACUAUUUGUCGGUGCUCUCCUCCGAUAAAGUAACCGAGGUGCGCGACAUAUGCGUUCAGCGCAACUUUGACAUGCCGUCGUUUGAGUGCGUUCGCAGUUCCGGGCCAUCGCAUGCCCCGGAGUUUGAGUUCGAAUGCCGUAUCGGAACAAUCGUUAGACGGGGAAUCCACAAAACGAAGAAAGGAGCGAAGCAGGCGGCAUGCAACGAAAUGCUGAAAACGCUACAAGCCAUGCCAGUAGAGGACAGCGGAAUGCAGAUCCAAUCCCUCGACCAGGCUGCCAAGAUGGAUAUGGAGGAGGACGAGCAUAUCAUCCGAACAUACAGGGAGCUCGUCAAUUCAGACAUCAAGAAAAAACUUGGCGUCAAGAUAACGGAUCGUCAUCGGUUCUUCGAAGAGAUGGAACCAGAAAAAAUUCACUCCGCUCGAAGAGUGUUCAUAGAUGAACUGCUAGAUGUGGAGGAUAAAUGCACGUCGAUUCCCAAGUCAUUGGGUCUGAAAUUUGAAAUGAAGCGCGAAAACAGUGAUUUGGUAUCGAUAACGGGGAAGAAGCUGUACACUUUUGAAUUGCUGAACACGGAAUACGAUUGCUUUAUCUUUGGCGAAGGGGACGCUUUUUACCAAAGAAUUUUUGAUUACUUCACGAAUAUGCUGAAUUUCAAAUGAAUGCACCAAUAUAAUAGUUUUUGCUUCAAGCAAAUCAUUUAUUUCCUUAACUACACUGAAUUGGAUUGAAUGUAAAUUUAUUUAGUUUUAUCGUAUAUUUUCCUCAUGAAUGCUGGAAAAUGAUAAUAAAAAUGUGAAUACGAAA